AUAUGUUUUGGCCAAGAGCUGUUAUUACCUGAGAGAAUAAAUAAAGCAGUUGGGGAGAAUGUGGUGAUUACCCCAAUCCGUAUUCCUGAUUAUCCACACUUUUUCAUCAGAUGGAUGUUUAAUACAAGCACCAUUCUUUCUGGACCUCCUAGUGGAAUUAUAAUAAACCCAGCGUACACUGAUAGAGUCAGUCUGAACACCACCACUUUAGCUCUGGAGCUCAGGAACCUGGCUGAGAGUGAUACUGGACCAUAUUCUCUGACUGUAGACACUGAUACAGUUUCUUUCACUGGUGGAACCUCACUGCAGGUGUUUGCCUCCAAUGUUACUAUAGUACCAGGUAACACAGAGCUGGUUGAAUUCAACAGCACUGUGAGUCUCGUCUGCUCUGCCUCUGGCUCCACACUUUCAUUUAUUUGGCUGAAUGGCAGCUCUGAGGUAACAGCAGGGGAGCGAGUUCAGUUAACAGACAGCAACAGCAGUCUGACCAUCACCAGUGUGAUCAGAGGUGACACAGGCCCAUACCAAUGUGAAGCAUCUAACAUCGUCAGCAAAGCAAUGAGUCCUCCAUUGAGCCUCACCAUUUACUAUGGUCCAGAAAAUGUUGCUGUUGAAGCAGCUCCAGUGGGUCCUAUCUACAGCUCUGGGUCUACCCUCACAUUGACCUGCUCAGCUGAGUCCAGCCCUGCUGCUGAGUUUCAGUGGGCUGUGAAUGGAGCAGAGCUUGGUGAAAUGGGCCAAGAGCUCAGACUGAGCAACAUUCAGAGCAGUCAGAGUGGCAAUUACACCUGCAUCGCCCAGAACAAACAGAGCCUGAGAUACUCCAUGUCUGAACCCAUUGACGUUACUGUACUAGGAGUGUGUUUUGGCCAAGAGCUGUUAUUACCUGAGAGAAUAAAUAAAGCAGUUGGGGAGAAUGCGGUGAUUACCCCAAUCUGUAUUCCUGAUCCUCCACACUUUAUCAUCACAUGGAGGUUUAAUACAAGCAUCAUUCUAACUGGAUCUCCUAGUGGAAUUAUAAUAAACCCACCGUACACUGAUAGAGUCAGUCUGAACACCACCACUUUAGCUCUGGAGCUCAGGAGCCUGACUGAGAGUGAUACUGGAACAUAUUCUCUGACUGUAGACACUGAUACAGGUUCUUUCACUGGUGUAACCUCACUGCAGGUGUUUAGAGUGUGUUUUGGCCAAGAGCUGUUAUUACCUGAGAGAAUAAAUAAAGCAGUUGGGGAGAAUGUGGUGAUUACCCCAAUCUGUAUUCCUGAUCCUCCACACUUUAUCAUCACAUGGAGGUUUAAUACAAGCAUCAUUCUAACUGGAACUCCUAGUGGAAUUAUAAUAAACCCACCGUACACUGAUAGAGUCAGUCUGAACACCACCACUUUAGCUCUGGAGCUCAGGAACCUGACUGAGAGUGAUACUGGAACAUAUUCUCUGACUGUAGACACUGAUACAGGUUCUUUCACAGGUGGAACCUCACUGCAGGUGUUUGUUCCCGCCUCUGAUGUUACCAUAGUACCAAGUAAAACAGAGCUGGUUGAAUUCAACAGCACUGUGAGUCUCGUCUGCUCUGCCUCUGGCUCCACACUUUCAUUUAUUUGGCUGAAUGGCAGCUCUGAGGUAACAGCAGGGGAGCGAGUUCAGUUAACAGACAGCAACAGCAGUCUGACCAUCACCAGUGUGAUCAGAGGUGACACAGGCCCAUACCAAUGUGAAGCAUCUAACAUCAUCAGCAAAGCAAUGAGUCCUCCAUUGAGCCUCACCAUUUACUAUGGUCCAGAAAAUGUUGCUGUUGAAGCAGCUCCAGUGGGUCCUAUCUACAGCUCUGGGUCUACCCUCACAUUGACCUGCUCAGCUGAGUCCAGCCCUGCUGCUGAGUUUCAGUGGGCUGUGAAUGGAGCAGAGCUUGGUGAAAUGGGCCAAGAGCUCAGACUGAGCAACAUUCAGAGCAGUCAGAGUGGCAAUUACACCUGCAUCGCCCAGAACAAACAGAGCCUGAGAUACUCCACGUCUGAACCCAUCGACGUUACUGUACUAGGAAUAUGUUUUGGCCAAGAGCUGUUAUUACCUGAGAGAAUAAAUAAAGCAGUUGGGGAGAAUGUGGUGAUUACCCCAAUCUGUAUUCCUGAUCCUCCACACUUUAUCAUCACAUGGAGGUUUAAUACAAGCAUCAUUCUAACUGGAUCUCCUAGUGGAAUUAUAAUAAACCCACCGUACACUGAUAGAGUCAGUCUGAACACCACCACUUUAGCUCUGGAGCUCAGGAACCUGACUGAGAGUGAUACUGGAACAUAUUCUCUGUCUGUAGAGACUGAUACAGGUUCUUUCACUGGUGGAACCUCACUGCAGGUGUUUGGAGUGUGUUUUGGCCAAGAGCUGUUAUUACCUGAGAGAAUAAAUAAAGCAGUUGGGGAGAAUGUGGUGAUUACCCCAAUCCGUAUUCCUGAUCCUCCAUACUUUAUCAUCACAUGGAAGUUUAAUACAAGCACCAUUCUAACUGGAAAUCCUAGUGGAAUUAUAAUAAACCCAGCGUACACUGACAGAGUCAGUCUGAACACCACCACUUUAGCUCUGGAGCUCAGGAGCCUGACUGAGAGUGAUACUGGAACAUAUUCUCUGACUGUAGACACUGGUACAGUUUCUUUCACAGGUGGAACCUCACUGCAAGUGUUUGUUCCUGCCUCCGAUGUUACCAUAGUACCAAGUAAAACAGAGCUGGUUGAAUUCAACAGCACUGUGAGUCUCGUCUGCUCUGCGUCUGGCUCCACACUUUCAUUUAUUUGGCUGAAUGGCAGCUCUGAGGUAACAGCAGGGGAGCGAGUUCAGUUAACAGACAGCAACAGCAGUCUGACCAUCACCAGUGUGAUCAGAGGUGACACAGGCCCAUACCAAUGUGAAGCAUCUAACAUUGUCAGCAAAGCAAUGAGUCUUCCAUUGAACCUCACCAUUUACUAUGGUCCAGAAAAUGUCACUGUUGAAGCAGCUCCAGUGGGUCCUAUCUACAGCUCUGGGUCUACCCUCACAUUGACCUGCUCAGCUGAGUCCAGCCCUGCUGCUGAGUUUCAGUGGGCUGUGAAUGGAGCAGAGCUUGGUGAAAUGGGCCAAGAGCUGCGACUGAGCAACAUUCAGAGCAGUCAGAGUGGCAAUUACACCUGCAUCGCCCAUAACAAACAGACCCUGAGAUACUCCAUGUCUGAACCCAUCGACGUUACUGUACUAGUUGGACCAGAUAAUGUGAUAAUUAAUGGACCAAGUGAAGUGGAAGUGGGAAAAACUGUGAUGUUGUCAUGCCAUACUGAAUCUACACCAACUGCCUGGUACAAAUGGAUGUUUAAUGGGACUUUAACUGAAGUGAAUACAACUGUAUUUACUGUGGAGCAGGCUAACGUAACACACACUGGAAAUUACACCUGCACAGCCUCCAAUCCUGUAACCGGACGUAAAGCCUCAGGAUCCCAUGUUUUGGUAGUAAAAGAAAAAGGGACUGCAGGUGGAGGUGGAAAUUCACUGUCUGCAGGAGCUAUAGCUGGGAUUGUUAUUGGAGUUUUAUUAGCUAUUGCUGGAGUUGCUGGUUUGGUUUUCUACUUUGUGAAAGGCAAAAAAAUACCAGAAACAACCUCCAGAGGAAAUAAGAAGAAUGGAGCAACACGAAAUGAAGGACAGCAUGAGUUACACUAUGCGGAUGUCAGCCAUCUUCAGUCUAAUCAAAGGCAGCAAGGAAUACCAGCCGUAUCAAUGGCUCAUGCAAAUUCUUAUGUGUCGCAUAAUAAGACAGCAACAUCUAAUCCUGCGACACAAACCAUUUAUUCUGACGUGAGGAAUUUGUAGAAUGAUGCAACAGCAUUAGAUGUGGACCACACUGAGCAAGCCUGCCAAACGCCUGCUAAAUGCACAAUUGAGCAAUCCUGCAAGAGACAUUUGUGGAUUUGAUCAACCUGCCAUUGCUGUGGAAGAGAAAAUCAUGAGUCCAAGAUCUUGAAGUAACUGAAUGUUUUUCUGCAGAUUGUGCUUGAAUAGGAAUAGGUAUCAUUGGCUAUUUCAGUGCAACCAGUGUUGUCUGAAUUUAGUCCUUAAAAUUUCUUGCUCUUAAUAUUAGAUAUGAAUGUGUGAAAAUGUACUAUAGCACUUAUGAAUACAAAUUACAACAACGUACAACAAGAUUCAGUGUACAGUUCCCCAUCAAGCAAUGUUAUAUAUACUCCCGGGCAAAAAAAAAUGGGCCAAGCCCAAAAUGGCAAAAUAUUACGCCUUUAAGAACAACAAAUCAUUGGUCAGGAAAUUAGCAGGCAUUAAACAAAUAGAUAAAGGAACUUAGUAUGGAAGCUUUUCCCUUUGAUUUCUUUAAAUGUUUAAGCCUUAUGGCCCUUGAUGGGCUGCAUCAGGUGUGGCAGAUAACCAAAAAAUGACUAAUAGUUUAAGAAAAACAUCCCAGAAGAUAUUUUUGGAAAACUUUGUACACCCAGACAUGUGUUAGUUUGAAUUUUACAUCAAACAUUUUAAUCAUUAUCAUGAUUUUACCUUUGCCUACAAGAAGACUAUAUAAGUGAAUUUCCCUGUUUCUAGUUUUUCCCCAAAACAAACAGUUCACUGCAGCAGAAGUAAACGAGCAAAUGGUGGCAGAGGAGCUCUCAGGAGUGCGUUUGUUUAAUUCUCGCUAAUUUUCUGACUCAAUGAUUUGUUGUUAAGACCAUUAAAAAUCUUAAUAUUUUUGACAUUGUGAUAUUUGCAAUAUUUUAUUAAUAUUAGCCCAUUUUUGUUGCCCGGGAGUGUAUUGUACAUUACAUUGAAAAAGGUAUAAAAGAAAAAUGGAUUAAUAUAUACAGUACAAAUGUAAUAUUAUUAGUGCAAAUAUAUUAGAUGCAGUCUAAAUAAUAUACAUUCUAUUGACUUUUUGUUGAGAACUCUGAAAUCAAAUUCUCCAGGCUGUAAUAAAUUAAUUGUAAUACAUGGAAUGAAAGGGCAACCUUUGAUUAGAAAUAUAUCUGUUAAAUAUGACUGGUAUUAUGGCAAAGGGCAUUUUAAAAGAAUGCCUUAAAACAUGCUUGCUGUUUAGCAGUCCUAGAAUCUCUUAGAGACAGACCCUGACUGAGUUUUGAACCUUUGGACCUCAUGACUCUGUUACGCUGGGAACUGAAAUGAGGAAGUAAUAAAACUUAGAAAUUUACUGGAUGUUCACAUAAAAGAAGUGCAGUGGUUACCAACAUAAAAAAUAUAAAAUCAUUAAUAUCGGAUACAAUUCUUAAACAUUCUGUACUGUAAUAAAAAGUGCUAAUACGUUUGUUAACCUAUUUUUGUGUUUCAUCUAGGCUACAAGGUGAAAACUAAGAUUACACUUUGCUAUCUUUUCAUCUAUGACCUCUAGAUUGAAUUUAAAUUUUUUUAUUAUGUAUUUAGACAUUUGACAUAAAAAGUGCUAAUACGUUUGUUAACCUAUUUUUGUGUUUCAUCUAGGCUACUAUAGUUUUAUCCAAAAUGUCUGUAUAUAAUGGUUUUAUUUAAAUUUUAAUAAUGGGUGGUUGAAAAUUCACACAAUUUGUUUGUAUGAAUCUCUCUGUAUGAAGUUUAGGGUCACAGCUUUCCUUCAAAAUUUGUUUGAACUCCACAGAAGCUCAUUUUAUAUAUAUAUAUAUAUAUAUAUAUAUAUAUAUA